UGACACCAUGUUUUGAUGAAGUUGUUCUUUCUUUAGCAUCAUUCUUGAUCAUGUUCUUUAGUGCUGAUGAUGAAGACCAAGAUUUUCUCACAUCAGGAGGAGGAGGAUCUAAACUGGCCUCUUUGUUUGGAGGAGGAAGUCAGGGUGGGAAUGAGUCCCUGACGUACACCGCUCCAAAGCAGCCAAAGAAAGCAGAGUCAACAGCACAAUCUGGUGCAGCUCCGCAGCUUCUGUUUGCCACUGCAGUACAAGCUUAUAAAUAUGUUGAUGGAAAGUAUGCCAGUCAAGGAAAAUUGGGUGCAGCAAUAUUAGGAUCACAUUCUAGCCUUUCUUAUAGGGUGUUACUGUAUGUGACAAAAAGUCAGCAAGUGGCAAAUGCAACAAUAUUGUCAACAUUUUCUUACACAGUACAGGCAAACAACUAUGGGAGCUUUUAUGAUGACCAGAGGCAGACAUGGUCUAUAAUGUUUGAUUCUGAUGCAAAUGCAGUCCAGUUUGCCAAGCAUGUUGCCCUGUCAAAAGCCAACAGUGCAGGAUUAGAUUUGUCCAGUCUUGUGUCCCAGGACUUACAGCUGGGUGAUGGUACAGCUGUAGAUAGUGGUGAUAUGGUAGAGGUCAAAUACACAGGGUGGCUUUUGACCAACCACACAUUUGGACAGGAAUUUGAUAGUAAUGCUAAGGCAGACAAACUCUUCAGAUUCAAAAUAGGACAGGGCAAAGUUAUUAAGGCCUGGGAUCAAGGUGUUGUAGGAAUGAAAAAAGGCUCCAAAAGAUUAUUGGUUGUUCCUCCUAGCUUGGGAUAUGGAAGUCAAGGAGCAGGGAGUAGAAUUCCGCCAAAUUCAACUCUUAUAUUUGAAAUCGAGGUUGUACGAGUUAAAUAUGCCAAAUCAUCAGAGUCCCCUAGCCCUGCAGUGGACUCAUCCCAGCCUGUCACUGCCCCCUCCCCAGCAGAUGAACUAGAAGAGAAUCAGACAAUCAAAGGAAGGACCAAGUCUUUAACAGAACACCAGGCACAGGGAAGUUCAAACAAAGCCAAACUGAUCUCAAGAAUGGCCAAGAUGGGACAGCCCAUGUUACCAUUAGUAGGGGCCAUUCCUGUCCAGCCAGAUGAUGAGGAAGAACAGGUCAUGGAAUCCCCACAGCCAGUUGUGGAUACCCCAGUUCAACCAACACAAUCUUCAACAGGCCCGUCAGUAACCAAACCAGUGCCUCAUCAUCCACGACAACCAGCAACACAACCAACGGUUCAACCUGUUCAAGUGAUGCCACAACAACCAGCUUUUCUCCAGAACAUUCCUGCAGCCCAACAGUUAUCUGUGUACCAGCCACAAAUGUUACAGCAAGGAAUGGUGCCUCCAGGACUCCAGAAUGGAUUUCAGGCUACCAGCACGUAUCAAGGCCAGCCACAACAGAUGAUGGGAGGAAUGCAACAACCUAUGUACACAGGUGUGAGUAUGGCAUCAGGAAUGCCCACAAUGAACCAGGCAGGAGAACCCAGUUUACCAAUACUCUUAACAGAAACCAGGCAGCAGAACACAGAACUAAGGUUGUCAGUGGGGAAAAUGCAGGAUAAAAUAGAUCAGCUUCUGGAAAAGGUUGAUAUUUUACACAAAAAAGGACCCAUGGCUUUAGAAUCUUCAAUGCCUAGCAUGGAGUCUUCAGUUUUAAUGCAUAAUAUACAAAGAAUUGUGCAGGAAAAUGAGAGACUGAAAAAAGAAGGUUAUGAUAAAAGUGCCAAAAUAGAAAGACAGAAUGAGAAAAUAUCAGAGCUUUUACAGAGUAAUCAAAUGUAUGUUGAAAAGAGCCAGAGUCUUUUGGAGCAGAGAAAUGAAGGUUUCAUCUCCUCUGCCUCCCAGUCACAGGCAAAGGUCCUUGCUCUUGAACAGGAAAAGGUUAAUUUAGCAACAAAAUUGAGCACAGUAACAGCCCAACUGGGAGAUGCACAACUCCAGUUAGCCACAUUAAGGGAGAAAGAGUUGGCUGCACAGCAAAGGUUCGAAAACUCUGACCAAGACUCAAGGAAAAGUCAGAAAGAGAUACAGGCCAUGAAAGCACAGCAUGAAGAGGAUGAAACAAAAAUUGCAGAAUUAAGUCAAGAUUUGAAGCAUGAGAAACAAAAAAGAAAAGACCUUGACAAUAACUUUUCCCAGUUACAAGAGGAAUUGGCAGAUAUUAAAUCUACUAAUGAAACACUUCAAAAGAAUUUAAGUGACAGAAAACGAAAGGCAGCAGAAGAAAAAAGGAGAAUGGAGGAUGAGUUUGAGGAAACCAAGAUAAAUUUCGAGCAAGAGAUCAAAUCCCUGAGGGAAAAACUACGUAAACAGAAAUCUUCAACAGAUGUCGCCACUGCUGAGCAGGUUGCAGAAGUUGAGGAAGAGCUGAACAGGGAAUGGAAAGAGAAAUGCGACAGACUUCUCACUGCUGCCAAUGAAAAACAGAACAGAGCUCUCCAGGCAAUGAAGGAAGAAAAGGACGAACUGGAAGAAAAAGUAGCAGUAUUAGAAAACAAGAUUCAUACAAUGAAGAAUGAGCAUUUGAGUGGUGAUUCCAAACAGAAGGAACUCGAAGAACAAAUAGAGGAGAUGUCUGUAUGGAAAGGAAAGUAUGACAACCUGAGGUCACAGGCAACCUCUAUGAAGGAAAAGUAUGAGGAAAGGAUUGAAGAUUUAGAGAAUGAGAAAGAGGAGUUGGAGACAGACAAGGAGAGAGCUGAGGAGAGGAUCCAGGUUCUUCAGAGAGAGCUGGCUAAUCGACCAGUUACUACCCCAGGAAGCAGUGCUACAGAAGGUGCAGAUGUUGCUACUGAGGUGAAGAAGAUAAUGAAUUCAGUGUACCAAAACCUGAGGUCUAAAUUUGAAGCUGACAAUUCUUAUCGAGGGGAUGAAGUCUUAGCAUCUAUUUUAGGAGUCAUUAAGGAAACUACAUUAAAGUUGGUUCAGCAAAGUUCCUCUGCAAAACAGAGUGAUGAAGAGGAAGAUGAGGAUGAUGAGGAUGAAGAGGAAGAGGAGGAAGGUGAAGAAGAAGGUGAUAGUGAUGAUAAAGAUCAAGACAGUGAAGAAGAAGAACAAGAGAAAGAGGAAGUUCAUGAGCCCAAAACAAAUCAAGAAGAAAAACCAGUGAAGGAAGCCCCAGUGAUUGUAAGCAGUGAAAAUGAACCUGUUAAAAAAGAAGAUACAAAAACAGAGCCAGCUAAUGAAGAACCUCCUCCUACAGAGAAGCAGGAGGAAUCUCCCUCAGAAGAAGAGACAUCCACAAAGUCUAGUACACCACCACUCCAGGAGAAUAUCCUUGAGAACACUCCCAAAGUCAAUGAUCCAGACAAUGAAGAAGUGAAAAAUCAGAUCCCAACAGGGAGUGAACCUGACAAGGAGGAGGUGAAGGAUCAGAUCCCAAAGGAGGAUACAGCCCCAAACAAAUUUGAUGACUUUGAAGUUCCUGUUAUUGUGUCACGAGAGCCUCCACCGAUAACGGAUGAUGAGGAGUCAGCUGAAAGUGAGAAGAUGGAAGAGAAUAAUGAUCCCCUUUUCGGGGAGGAUGAUCAUGUAGCAGAUACCUUUGGUGACACAUUCCAAACCACAGAACAAAAGGAGAAAAAUGACAAUAAGAAAAAACCUGAAGCCAAAGAUUUACUGGAAGAUGACUCCAAGCAACGUCCACCUCCACUAUUUCCAGACGAUGAUGAUGAUGAAGACUUGGAUUGGCUAAGCUAGCAGAUGUUUAAUGGGAUAGAACUAAAAUAAUACAAACAGUACUGUGAUAUUUCAUAAUGACUCGUGCAGUGUCUGUUGAUCAGGUACACUGAGUGGAACGUGAAUAUUAUUUUAUAUGCAUAUUACAAGGCUGGAUGUCAGAGACAAGAUUAUGGUGCAAUUUGAAUCAGUUAACAGAAAAUGUUUAUGCUUCUUGAACUCUUAGGAACGAUGAAAAUUGUGUUGCUGAUUUCAUAAAGUGAGUUCCUUGCCAUACAUAUUUAAGGCUUGGGACAUCUAUCAAUAAAUGAAAAAAGAAAUUGUG